AUGAAUGGUGCAGAGGCCAGUGGACGUGCACCAUCAGCCAGUGAAAAAAACGGAGAGAAGAAUGAUAGAAAUUUUCUAUCAAAAACUUUUCAUUCAAUUCGAGAUAAAGCACAUCGCUUUACUGGUGAACUUCGAGAUAAAACACAUAAAUUAAGACAAAGUAAACAUUCAAAUGAAACGAAAACCAAUGCAAAUUCCAAUGCCGAACAAUCUCCACAUCUUGCAGCUGCAAGAAAUGUGAAUAUGCCAGAGACUUCACGAUCAAACCAACCGCCGGCUUCAGGAUCAGAGCAAUCAAAUGCUUCAAGUACUGUGAACAAACCAGAGACUUCGCGAUCAAACCAACCAUCGGCAUCACGGGCAGAGCAGCAACCAAAUACUGCAGUCUCUACUCAAUCAAGAACUCGAUCGGAGCGAUCGACUUCAAAUGAUUCACCAAUUGAACCAUCUAACGAGCAUAACGAUAUUGAUAUCAGCGCCAGAGCUGCUGUGUCUAAAGGAUCUGCUGUGAAUUCAAAUAUGAAAACAUUAAAUUCAAUAAAUUCAAUAAAUGAGAAAACAAAGAUUAACGAGGCAACAAAUGCAUUAUCUUCUGAGCCAAACGAUAAAGCUCAAGUUCAUAUGUCAUUUGACGGUAUAUCUACUGUUGAUGAUGUACUCAAACGACUAGAUGAAGCUAUUGAAGAAGCUGACAUUGACACCGACGAUGACAAAGGAAAAAUGACUCUCUAUAUUGAAACAGGGCCAGCUGCUUCUAAAUUUUCUGCAUCUAUUGCCAAAAAGAAGAGGCUGGCACCAAGAAAGAUAGAAAAAAUAAUUAGAAAUUCAGAUGAAGAUGAAGAAGACGAAAAUUCAAUAAUUAUCGACCAUCAUAAAAUACAUACCAUUGAGGAUCUUCUUCGUAAACUUGACAAUCAAGCAGGAAAUCGACGAGUUGUACUAAAAAAUGAAUCUGAUAAUUCUGAUUCAAUCGAUGUAAAAACACCUAGGAAUUCAUCUUCUAUUGAUUCACUGCGCCCGACAGUCGCUAAUAAAAGUGACAGUGGAUCAUCAGUAGAAACAACUGCUAAAUCAUCAACACUUCACAACGAUCAAAUCGAUGUGAAUGUUCAAAGUGACGUUGAUCAUUUAGAUCGUAAAAGCGGUGUCGUUCAACCUGCUUCCAUGGCUAUUGCUAAAAACAAACACGAAAGAAAAAGAUUCGCCCCACUACCACCACCAGAAAACAAAGACGAGAAGAAGCAUGACGAAGAAAAAAUCACUACUGUGCCCAAAGAAAAACAAAAUAUUACGCCAGUUGAUUUUACAACUAAUCAUCGCAACAUUGCUGAUGAGUCAUCAAAAGUAGGCGUCGAGUCUAACAUCUCACAUCCAGAUAGUAAACAAACAGUAGAUGAUCAAAGUCAAAAUAUUAUAACGGCGAAACCUAGAUUUCAGGUCACUAAACAAAAUCAACAAACUUUGUAUUCAUCAACAAGUGAGGAAGACGAGGAUGAAUAUGAAUGUAUUCAGCGUUUGUGA